AUGGAAACAGCACCGAAGAAAAGUUCAACUAAAACCAAAAGAAAUCCAUCCUCCAACGCAACGCAACGCACUCCCAAAUCACAACACUUAAAGCUAAUAUACAAUGCAUUUCAAAAGUAUGGCGCACACAAUCCGGAAGAGAUACAGCGGGUUCUGCAACAUCUGCAACUGUUGCCAAACAUGGAAGAUUACGUGAACGAAUUAGCUAGCAUGAGUGAAGAGCAGGUGCUGGAAAAUAUGCAAAACAGUCCCGAAUUUGUGCAGUGCGCAGCGUGGAGUGAAAUUCUUGAUUCGGUCGGGUUCCGUGAGACGUGCAACAAUGAGCUGCCGCUGGCGCUGCUUACCAUCGCACACACGGAAUCGUUUCCGAAGCCAGAAAAUGCAAACGGUGUCGAUUUUCAGCUGCUGUACCUCAACCUGACCAACAUGAUGAUGGGACAACCGAUCAAGGUGAUGAACCAGAGCACGCAGAACGUCCUGAAGCAGGUGUAUGAGGAAACUGUACGGCAAACGUCACAGGCCGACCAGAAGGAAGAGAUUGCGAUACUGCACAAAACGCUGAAAACGAUGCAGAAACCGGUAAAGUCGAACGAUGACCCACGAACGAUGAGCGAUCUGAGGCUGUUCUUUGCCGAUCCCAACAUAAACCCGUUCCGAUUGCCGAUCGAUCGGAUAUGUUCGAAUCAUCCGUGA